ACGCACUAUCCUCCAACCCAACGUCACGCUGUGUAAUGGCUACGCCAGAGUACAGUCCCGUUAGAUAUUUAUCGCGAACAAUUAUGCGACGUAGUAAUUAAGGAUCGGGAUCUUUUCAGAGCGGACGCCGAUCCGUCGAAAUUACGUCCGAGGAGCACGAAGAAGUCCGUCGAACCCACGAAAUGUAGCGUCGUCGACCAAGCGAGGCUCGAGGAAAAGAAAUUUCUCCCAGCUACGUGGGCCAUUUAGCAACACCGAUUCCGUUCCGAUAUCAAACCAACUGGCGGCGAUCCAGCUGAGUGCAAUGGAAGCAACGAGCUACGCAUCCUACCUGCAACACUUUGUCCUCUCCCUUGCGGUGUUGCUACUCUUCAGAGUCAUCCUCGUUUUGCUGAGAAUCAGGCACGCUGGCGAUGCCUGCAAGACCACCAAAACACGACCAGCCAAACUCAUGAUCGUGCUGGGAUCAGGCGGACACACGUUCGAGAUGUUGAAGCUGGUCGAAAACAUCUCGACGUCGUCGUACAGUCCAAGAGUCUACGUGACGGCUACCACGGAUCCUAUGAGCGCUGACAAGGCGAAGCAGCUCGAAAUGUGGAGGGUUGCGUCCUCGUCGCAAGCCCUGCUGUUGAGAUUCCUGUCAUCCAAGAAAGACGACAGCGACAGCCCAGAGAUGGCCGAGCCAUCAGACUAUGUGGUGGAGCGGAUCCCGCGGAGUCGGGAACUGCACCAGUCCUGGCUGACCACGGUUCCGACGACCCUCUUUGCUUUGGUGACGUCGCUGCCCGUCCUGCUGCGGCACAUGCCGGACGUGAUCGUCUGCAAUGGUCCCGGAACUUGCGUGCCCAUUGUGCUGACCGCAUUCGGCCUCGCCGUCCUGGGCAUCAAGAAGGCUUCGGUGGUCUACGUCGAGAGCUUCUGCCGCGUCGAGACCCUCUCCAUCACGGGUCGCGUCCUCUACCACCUGGCGGACCACUUUGUGGUGCAGUGGCCGCAGCUCUCCGCCAAGUACCCGCGAGCCAAGUACCACGGCCUGCUGGUGUGAGGUCGUAGCCGUCGCCAGCCGGGCCCGCGGAACAGCGGGCGUGCCCUUGGAAACACCGAUUUUUUUUGCAGUAGCGUCGCGGAAAAGCACGAUAUGUUGUCGGCAAAUCUCGUUAGGUUGGGGGAGGGUCGCCGAGCUCAUGCGACGUUAAACCGGUUACAUUACGUUUAUCCAAAGUACUUGAGUAGGGCGAUGUCACCUAGAAGACAAAGCGUGCAUAUCAUGUUAUUGUUAGUGGGCCCCCUCGAUUGGCCCCAACCGAAAAACAUGCUGAAGCUUGACAAGAGUACGCCGCCAAGAGGCAGACCUGUGCGUCUUGGCGUUGCCGUGUGCUAGCGUUGCGCCCGUUGCGAGAUGCCUCAAGACAUGAGCUAGGCGGCGCUGCUUGGAUUCACUUGUCAUGACUUUUUUGGGGAAGGGAGGGAGGGAGGAGGGGGGGGGGGGGGGAAGGUGCAGCCCUUGUCUUUUAAGUGAUAUUGAGUAGGAACUCCAAAGCUAAACCUUGGAAUGGCGGCAGCCAACAUUUUUUUCGGAGAAUCCAAGUCUCCUAGAGGAAUGUUGCCGCGCCGUUCCGACGUACUAGUGUCCACUGCCUCGGUUUGUCCUCGGCAGUAGAAACGGCAUUGGCAGCGUUGCCAACGUCGUAGGGUGCCACAUUCGUACGAACCUAAAUGUCAUUUUGAAAUUCGCCCGUAGUUGCAUACUAGGGGCUGGCAGGUUACAACGAGCCAGAUGUUCGUUAACGUUUUCGUCUCAACAGAGUUGGCGUCGUCGAUGUCUCGAGCACGUCGCAGAUCUCCUUUAGCUACAUGCAUCAGAACACCGAAAUCGUCCUUUGUACCUCAAACUGCACAUGUGCUGUGCCAUUAUACGUGGAACAGGGUGACAUUACCUGUAAGACGAGACGACAGUUAUAUCUAUACGGAGAAAACGUCAAAAGUGGUUCCAGAGUGCUCAUGUGAGUUGGCACCGCAAUAUUUUAACCAAGAAGAGAAGACAGCCUCGGCGUGUUUUGAUGGUUGUUAACUGUCUGCCAGACAUUGUACGCCAGUGUGCCAUUUAGGAAGUCUCAGUUCAAUAUCGUCAGAGUUUGAAAUUGUCGACUUCAAUUUCGGUAGGUUCGGAAAAACGAGUUUCCACAUUCUUGUUUACCCCUAAAUGGAAUUUCUUUUUUGUGUUUUUUUUUUUCAGUCACUGGAAACGAUUUUAGCCUUUUGGAGUUUCUGGUUUGUCCUUAGUGUAAACUAAUUUCAAUGUAUUUUUUCUUUUAUGGCAGACAAAAAUACAUGAAAACGCAACAAUGAGUAGUAUGGAAUAACAGGGGAGGCCGCUAUCGCACAGACCCGACGGUUAGAAUUAAUUGCACGCCGCGGUGCAUGCAAAACGCUGCCGAACGUCCCAAAAAGGUUGCUGGUUCGACCUCGGAAUGGCGUUCGGCGCCGUCCGUCGGCCUCCGCAUUUAAAGGAAGACGGCGUGUCGGGAGGCGGAUUUUAACCGAGACAUGGUCGUCUGCGGACCGGUUUACGGCUUCGUGCCGUUUUUGGAGUACUAUCUUAGUAACUGUCCCUUCGUUUAACCUAGAAGAUUUCUCCCGGAACCUUUUUGGAAGUUUAAUCGUCUUGUCGCACGCUCCGCGCGAAGCGUCCCUUUUGAUCCUCGCGUACCAUUUACGUGCGUGCAUUAUCCUGUCUAGUGUCACUACCUUCCUUCACCUUUGAUAACAAGUAGUUGUAUUAGCGGAGUUCGGAAGCUAACAGUCCUUUUUUCUUUGUUCACUUUGUGCCCCGUUUUUUGGUCUCGGAAUGCAAGGUUCUCUUUCCCCGUCGCUGCGGCCGUCGUUGCGCCGAGCUGGUCUCUGCGCGCAGCCCCGCAGCCGAAUGUCUGGAGCCCCCUUCUAAAGAAAAAGUGCAAAAUGCCACCUAACGUAACCAGAAAAGAAGUCUAAUAUAUUUUCGAAGAGUGCUAGUCGUCUGAAUGCUUGAGUAUGACAUCUACUACGCCGCGGCUUAGUGCGCGCCAAUCACACUCAGGAUCCCUCGUCCCUCAUCUUUCGUCUUUGCAGUAGAUCUUUAUUAUUGUUUUAAUAGGGGAAAACGGAUCUGCAGCCCGUAUCUGUUGAUGCCCGUUUCGUCGUCGACCUCAAUACGCGUGCAUGUUUCUCUCUCUCUGGGUGUGUGUGUGUGUGUGUGUGUGCCUUAACACUCGAUUCUCGAAUGUGCGCCGUUCAUUUUGGAAACCGUGCUUCGUGCGAGAAAAAGAAACGGGCAGCUUUAUUAUGUUUCAGUGUUUUCAAACUUCGUAAAGAAGGGGCGCGUGCAAGCGCCGCGUCCCGUGGCUGGCCCACGGACGCGGCAUUGGCAUUUAAUAACGCAGAUACCUUAGCCGACCGCGAGAAACACCUUCCUUUCCUCAUUCGGCAUUUGGAAGUUGCAUGAAUCUUUUUUUUUUGUUUUUUUUUAGCGUGCUUGACAAUGAUUUAUUUCCACACGCUUCUUGAAACUCACCUUUUUAUGGCAUUGCUUCGGUUUUUGCCAACUGUGACUAGAUGGGGUUGAUUAGCCAAAAGAAUUUUUGUGAGGUUCAAGCAACACUCUGUUGUUGAGAACGACCCAUGGGAAAAUGAAAAGAGGUCGGCGCAUUUGCUAAAGGCGACUUACGAAAUUGCUCAAGCCACAUUACAGGGAGUCGUGGAGUGCUAAAAGUUGGAUAUUUGAUGCCCAUUUGUGGUCCAGAGUUUAUCGGAUCUCCCCAAUAAAUAUGAACAGAGAACUUGAAA